UCUCUGCCUCCCCCCCCCCCGCGCCUCUCUCCCCCUCUCCCUCUUUUUCUCCCUGUCUCUCUCUCUCUCUCCCACUCCGCGUGUGGGUGUGUAUCCGUGUUCGGUCCCAUUCACGUGAUGGGGGUGGAGGGGAGUGAGUGGACGAGUCCAUUCUGGCAUCCCUUGAAGGGGUGGCUCGUACGCACCUGGCUUUGAGGAGGCGCUCCCAUUUUUUACGGUUGAGGGGGAGAGAAAAGGAAAAUGGCAAAAUGUGAAAAUUAGAGGCUCAAUUUUAAGGAAACACUCUAAGGCAGCGCCAGGACUUUAGUGAGUCUAUCUGCUCAUGGGGCUCCCCUAUUCAAAAACACCAAUUUUGUGGCAUAAAAUCUAAACUACACGUCUUUGUAUUCCAGACAUCACAGGCCAUGCCAGGAGGUUAGAAGAAAGUGUAGAAAGAGAAAAGAAAUUAGAGACGGUGCAAGGCCCAGGGCCAGCCUGGCAAACCUCCCGCAGCAGCUCACCUUGCAGAUCUGUGGCCUCUGCUCCCCUCCCUAAACCCACUGCCAACCAACAACUUCAGCUGGGUGUGUCUGGGCUCUGAAACCUACAUCCACAGCCAAGGACAGCUAAGGUCGAUCCUCCCCCCACCCAAUCUUAAUCUCAGAUCUCGUCUUCCUAGAUCUCCCCGUUCUCGGGGAACAGGACACUAUGGACCCACGGGGACCAGUUCCCCAGUCUUUACAGAGGACUGACAAACCUGGUCGGGUCCGCCGUCGAAAGACCAGGAGGGAACGUAAUAAGGCCCUGGUGGGCAGCCGCCGUCCACUGGCCCAUCAGGAUCCUCUUGUGGCUGGUCGGAAUCCACCCAUGGACCUCCAGGAUCCUGUGGCCUCUGCUGCCCCCAAGCUUGUGGUCAUAACCCAAGGCCGGCUAAGCCGGGAACACCGGGGUCUCUUCAGCCAUGAAGUGAAAUCUCUGGAUGUGGCACGGCUGCUUAGCAGUGGGUCCCUGGAACCUGGCACCCCCACACUACCCACCAAGCUUUCACCAAGCCCAGGCAGGACCCGAGAACCAGCCCCACAGUCAACAGGCAAGGAGAACCAGGUGCCUGGAGACUCGGGCCCAGGCCCACCUAGUCCUUCAGAGCUCCCUGGCUUGGGGCAGCUGCUAGGGGAGUUGCAGUGCCAGCUGAUUCUGCCGCAGGCUUUCCCCAGGAGGAACCUAGUGCAAGAGAACAGGGAUGCCAUCGUGGGUACCUUACAGGCCGGCCAUGGGUGUGUGCCCGACCUUACCCUGGUGCUCCGGGGUGGCCAGCCGCCCUUGUCAGGGAUCAAGCCUGGGAACCCUGAGAGACGAAGGAUCAAUAGCCCUGAGCAGUUCCCAGGGGAAGGAAGGCAGAAGAAGAGACGGGGGACAAAGGAAUUCGCCUUUGCCAAGCCUCACACCUCCAGCACUCCCACUACACACAGAGUGAGCCUGCCACCACUGAAAGGUCCUUGGCCACCCACAUUGCCUUUGUUGUCUUCACCCUCUGCGGUGGCCUGGGGCCCCCCAACAGCCUUUGACCUGCUGAAAAGCAUUUGGCUGGUGGCCACACCACCCCCUCCGAACCCCUGUGGGGUCAGCACACCUCAGCUCCUGCCUCAGCAGCCUUCCCCAUUGUUGCCCCGAAGCUCUGCCCUGGACUGGAGUCCCAGCAUACCUGUCCCACAGCCUAGCCUCUCCUGGGUGGUAGCCCAGAGCAGCCCAGAGGCUUGGUCCUUUCCACCCAUGAGACUGUACUAAAGGGGCUAAUAAUGCUGGGCUAGGGGUAGCAUUC